AUGUCAGCAAUGCUCGCGCUUCCAUGUGAAAUUAUUGCCCUCAUCAUCGGACAGUUGACCGGUCGCGAUCUCUGGAACAUCUACGAUUGCUGUCACCACCUGCGCGCUUGUGCGGCGCGCUUGCUCUUCCGCAAAGCGACCGUCCGAUUCGACGAAUCCACGCCCAUUCUUUUAAACGGGCGGUACUUCCGGUCUCCCCGGGGCGGUCUACUCCAGACGUUGAGCCGGUGGUCCCACCAUGUGCAGACGCUCGAUAUCUGGGGCGACGAGGCAGCCAUUCCGGGCGAGUUCUUGGACGCUCUGCGAGGCUUGCACCGCCUGCAAACCGUGAGGCAAGUGGGCGAUGAUUGCAGCAUCAGCUACCCGCCGGCGCUGAGUAGCCUACAACAACUGCUCCGACAGCUGUCGUGCCAGCCUACGGUACGCACGCUGGGCGUGGACUUUAUGUCUCCGCGGACCUGGCAGCCGCAGGUGACCUUCGAACACCUUCGGGACUUGCAGCUGUCUUGCAUCGAACAUGAGCCUGGGCUGUGCGCCCUUCCGUCGCUCCCGGCUCUCGAGCGGCUGAGUCUCAACUUUUGCUGCUAUUGCCUUGAAUGCCCGAAGACCGGCUCUGGGCCGUGCACCUUGUUGCUGUUCGAACAGCUGCCGCGCUUGGUCUCCCUAUCCAUAUCCGGCGCUCGAAAGGGGAGCGUCGUGUGCCGUGGUCGCGCCUCCCAACUUCGGCGACUGGAGAUCACAUUCUCUAGUGAGGUCGACUGGGAGACGCUUCGCCUGACUCUGGGCUGCGACCUUGAGGAAGUGAUCAUUGCAGAUUGCGACUUUGUAGUUGGGUGGCCGGAACCCCUCCAGCGGUGGCCGAGACUACAACGCCUCCACAUCUACGAUUCAAACUCCGCAGUCACCCUCCUGGAUCAAGUGCAGAUACCGCCGGAUACUGAAGUCCAUGUGCGGAUACACCCGGCGGAUGUGCAAGAUUCAUCACAGUGGUCCAUGAUUCUGCACGCCUUGCAUACUGUGCCCGUUACUGUGAGCUUCAGUAGUCAUCCGGAUCUCUCAUACCCCUACUUAUCGCGUUUACGACAACUGACGGCGCUGGGCACGGUGCAGAUCGAUAAAGCUGACUGCUCAUGGUUUACAGCCUGCCUACGGGAGUUGGAGCCGGCUGGUGACUGUACCGCAGAUCUGCAGCUUACAGAUCUGGACCAUGUCGGACAGAUCAUGGGUGGAGGAUAG